AUGCUCGUCCCUAUUUCCCUCGCGCCCCUCAUUAUCAUCCUCCUAUGGGCAGAACGCAAAGCCAAAAAGCUCGCCUUUCUCCACUCUCCCAAACCACGCGCUCGCAGCACCUCCAGACUUGUCCUUCUCGGAUUCGCAAUUUCACUGUCUGACCUUGAUGAUUCCAUCGAACUUCACCAAGCUGCACUACUGCUUCGCCCCCCGGAUUCACUACUCCUUCAUCCUCCGAGUCAUUCUUUGCGAUCAUCGUGUCUCAAUGAUCUUGUCAUCGGCCUUCGAGAUAUCUUCAGGCAGCGGGGCAUCGCAUCUGACCUUGAUGAGUUCAUUAAGCUCUUUCGAGCCGCACUACUCCUUCGUCCACCCGGUCGCUCUGAUUGAUCAUCAUCUCUCAACGAUCUCGCCCUAAGCCUUCGAAACAGAUUCACGCAGCGGAGUGUCCCCUCUGACCUUGAUGAAACAUUCAACCUGUUCUUAUAACUUUACAGCAUAUCUCGCAUAAUUCAACAGGCUGUAGCCUACAGGUUAAGCUUAUACGGUGCAGGUUGGAACAAUGAAUGAUUGUGACAAAGUACAUAAUCUCUACUAGUAGGAGCGGCCACUGGCAGAGCUGCUAACGCUUAUUUGCAUGAUUUCUACUAUUCUAAAUAUCUCACAAGCCUCGCAUGAUGCUCCCAUCCAAACGCUAUGUGCACUUCAAUAGAUACUUGCAAGUCGGCCCUAGACCAAUAUGAUCACAAUACUUCCUCCAGCCCGCGAGACUCAAGGCGACCACCGAAAAUGCA